AUCAGAAAGAAAAGGAUACUUAUACGUGUAAUGUACGGUACUACAUGCGUUCACAGCCCUGUUUAAUUGUAGCACCUAGUCUAUAGUAAAAUGAAAGACAAAAUUCUCAGGCACCGAUGGCCAAGUGCUGUUGGUCUUAUGUCCUCGUCUACCGACCUUCGAAAGUUUCUUCAAUGAUCUAGAGUUCCUUGAAAACGUAUAAUCAUUUAAACACCAUACUGGUGGAAAAUUUAGGGCUGUCAUUCGAAGCAAUAUGCAGUUCAUUAAAUCCAUUUAUGUUUAAAAUUUGGCACGUACAGGAUAUACCUCCGCUCAGUCUUGCUUCUAGAAAUAUUAAAUGUAUUAGUGGCAUAUAGCAUGCACAACGUGAUUUCAAAGUACUCCUUGUGCAUGUAUGAGAUUUGCACCGAAUGCCUUGGACGAGCCUUGGAUUCGGCACAGCAAAGCGAAAAAUGAACUCUAUAUGCCAAUAUAUUCGUACAUGUAUUUUACCCUCCUAAAUUAAUUUGGUAUAACUCUGGUUACAUUUUUUUACUUUCUCGGUACUCCUCUUUCUUUUGAUCCUACUCUCAUUGAUUGUCAUUUUUUGUGCAGGGGAGGUGGCGGCUGACUACAACGUGUAAGUGUACCUGUAUAUGCCUUAUAAAAUUUUUCUAAUCAAAAAUUAUAUAGGAAACGUAAAGUGACAAUACCUCAAAACAGAAAAAGUGUUAAACCUGAAAUUCGGUGAAUAAAAGAAAGGAAAUACUAAAAAGGAAACUCAACACUAUGGCACAGAGCCAUGACAAAGCAAAAGGUAGUGAUAUCUAUGAUGAGCGGCAUCUUCAGACUAAAGCCCUAAAGCAGUGGGAACUCCAAAAGAAAAUUUGGGAAAAAACACGGCUGUCACUUCUCACGCAGACUGCCCACGGAAAGCGGAAACAGGGAAGCACACAUAUUUUCACAUCCUCCAACAGCUACGCACAUGCAAAGCAGGAAGAUUUAAACAUGAUCGAAGCUUCCGUUCCGAGUAUAGCAAUGUCAAACAAUUAUGGGUGGGAAAGUCUUCUGCGUUGUACAGACACCACUCAAGCCUCUCGUUAUGUUCGGAUUGGCAAAGGUUAUUAUCCUUACCCCCUCUAUGUUGAGAUUCGCGACCCCACCGCGGUGAAGAAAAGUGAUCUAGCCGAUGCACGUAUUGCGUUUGAUGAAUCUAAGGCUAAGUUAGGGUAUUCACUUAACGCAUACUCUGCCGUCCGGGCACUGAUGAAGGACAAACUAAACGGUAGUAAAUUAGGAAAUAGUCAGGGAAACAAAGAGGAAAAUAUAAUUGACUUGGAUGAAGAGCUAGAAUUAUUCCUGCAAAAUGGUGGUGGUAACUCGGGUGAAAUAGAUCCCCUCCUCUUCAUUGAAUCCAACAUGUCAGGGGCCAAGACCUACCACAAGCUUUUGCAAACUCACAAGAGCACCAUUCAAAAGCGUUUUGAGCACUUUUUCCAGCCGAGAUGUUUUAUGAAGGUCGAAGCAACCCCUGCUCCAGUCGUGAGGGUAGAUGCCACAGAGUUUAUAUACGCGAGAGGCAUUGAAACAAACGAGGAACCGGUGCAAUACUUUCCCCCGCCCCAACGGCUCCGUCUGGGGACUCCAAAUUCCAAUUUACAAGGCUCAAAGUCUGUCUCCACUAGCUUAGUGAGGUCAAAGGAUAACAACGCUAAAUCAGUGAGUGCCGCCACAGCUCCUUCAACCUCGACCCCUAGAAAGCUUCCGGAACGCACGCCCCAAAGUGAGGUCUUGGCCUCCCCGUCCAAGAUGGAAAGUGAGACUUUGGCCGGGAAAACGGGAUCGAGUAAUCGUAAUAUCAUGUUGGAGAUCUCGACGAAGCGGGUGCUGAUAAUGGCGCGCCCUAAUGAACUUGCAUAUGGCCACAUCACGAUUACGAACCCCAGCACCGUGACGUUCUUUUACAGCUGGGUGGUUGCGGAUCUGUUGAUGGAAAAUAUCACCGCGGAGGAUACAAAGCAGACGUUGGACGCCAAAGGAAAGGCCGGGGUACAAAAAAAAGGGUCCGAUGAGGGUUCAGAUGAAAUAGCAGAGGAACUUCAUAACUGGCGUAUGUUGCACACCUUCACAAAGCGAUCAACAAACGCACAGCAAAAUUUCUUUUUGUCGAACCCACCGGACGGUGUCAUCCUUCCUGGCGAGUCUGCCAUAUUUACCUUCUCGGUGCGCAUUCCUCGGCCUGGCCGCGCCCAGCAGACCUACGAAUUCCUUACUGUUCCUUCCUUCGAUCCGAACCGAAUUCUUGUACAGAUAACCGCAUUGGUGAACGGUGGGGUGGAACUGCAGGCGGAAUACCUGGCUCGCCCGGUAGCUUCGGCGCUGGAGGCAAAGAUCGUUGUCGAUAGUCAGCGCCAUAUCGUCCAGCAAAUCGUGCGCAAAUGUGAACCUUAUGAGGAAGCGGAUCUCGAGGACACCAUCUUCACCCUGCGUUGUGAAAAGGAUCGAAAGGCGGCUGACGAGAAGGCCCGCCUUCAGCGUCAACGUGAAAACUGGGAACGGCACAAUGGACUGACGUUUGACAGCAUACAAUACAACAAGGCGGUGUUCGAUAUGCUGGGUCUGGUUUGGGAAAAUCUGCAGAACACGCUUGCUGAGCUGAAUCAUCGCAUCCCAGAGUCUGUGAUGGACGAAAACAAGGAUGAUAAAGCAGAAGGGGAGGAUGAGGGUAUCCCGAGGUUCACGGCGGGGCCGUCGCCCGAUUCAUCCGUCCUGCAGAAACAACUCUUCGAUGGUGAGGGAAUAACAUCAUGGGAGAGCACUGGCGGCUCGCUUGCGGUGUUGCUGCAUGAGAUCGCGCGCAUCCGCGAUGCGCCCUCGAGGAAUAUUUUCUACGAUUGUACGAUGGUUCUCCUUCGUGCGGCGCGGGUCUCUCGGGAUGAGCAGGAUUCCCUUCAUGAACUGCUGCAUCGCGCUUCCGAGGCGCUGGUGGAGCAAAUUGAUCUUGGCCGUAUUAAUUGGUAUAUAAGGGAGGAACUGCACCAACUACAGCGACCGACCAUUGAGCCCACUGCGACAGCCAAAGCGGGCAGUGCCGGUGCCAACCAUCAGGGGCAAUCCUCACGCUCCUGGAAGAAAACAGCGGCCUCGGCAGCGGCAGCGAAUCCUGACACUUCGGGCAAUUGUGGAAAGUACCUCUCCGGUAAUCUCUUUUCCAUUCCGACCUCCCUAUAUGACCAUCUCCUCCCAUCGGGAGACAACGAAGACAGCUUUGAUUUGCGUGAGAUCUUAUUAAACGCAGAAGGAGUCGUGCUAAUCGAUAUUUUCAAGAAACGCUUGAAGGCCGAACAGCCCGCUCGCAUCAAGGAAUUCGAGCAGCAGUUCUUCAGGGCUAUUGAAUGUGGGGCGAGACUACCACUUCUGGGUGUUGUCCGCAAGCACCGUGUGGAUGACAUUGUCACAAUUCAGCAUAGCGAACUGAUCACUGUUGACACGAGCACAGAGGUAACGCCUGUGAAGCCGAUGUCGACUACCGUUAAAGGAAAGGUUAGACAGUAA